ACGCAGUAAGGUGUCGGCCGCGGUCGCGAGUGCGAGCGGUGUGGAACGUGACGUUCAGUUCAGUGCCGAGACUACGUCGUUCCGCCUUUUGGUGCGUCACGGCUGCGAGGCGGCGGUUCUGGCGUCGGCACGGGCACAGGCUGCCGGCGACAUGCGGCGGUAGCAGCAGCAGCAGCAGGGCGGAGGCCGGGAAGACGGCGGGGCCAUCGAUCCGCGGCCGCGACCACGGCGACUGGAUGGUGCGAUGGUGCACAGUGAGGGCGGCCCCGGCACCAGGGCCAUGUUCUACCGCGACAACUCGACGUCGGCGCUCGGCCUGCCCAAGAGCCCCAGCUUCCACAGCGGCCUAGAUCUGGUGGCGGCGGCCGACCCGGGGACGGCCGGAGGGGGGGACGGCGGUGGAGGCGUCGGCGUCGGGCUGCCCGGCGGGGGCGCCAUGGCCAAGGCCGGCGAGGCGCGCUCCGCCGCCGACGUGCUGGGCUACGGGCAGGCGAUGCCCAGGCAGUUGCCCCCGCUGCUAGAUGCACCUGCCAAUGAGAGGGAACAGCUGUUCAUACAAAAGAUCAGACAGUGCUGCGUGUUGUUUGAUUUUGUGUCGGACCCACUGUCUGACUUGAAAUGGAAAGAAGUGAAAAGGGCAGCACUCCACGAAAUGGUGGAGUACGUGAGCUCGCAGAGGGGUGUCAUCACGGAUGCCAUCUACCCGGAAGCUGUCAACAUGUUUGCAGUGAAUCUGUUUCGGACGCUGCCACCUUCGAGUAAUCCCAACGGGGCGGAGUUUGAUCCUGAAGAGGACGAACCCACCCUGGAGGCAGCGUGGCCCCACCUGCAGCUCGUCUACGAGUUCUUCCUACGGUUCUUGGAGUCUCCAGACUUCCAGCCAAAUGUUGCAAAGAGAUACAUCGACCAGAAAUUUGUUUUACAGUUGUUGGAAUUAUUUGAUUCCGAAGAUCCUAGAGAGAGAGACUUUCUGAAGACAACUUUGCAUAGAAUCUAUGGAAAAUUUCUUGGACUUCGCUCAUAUAUAAGGAAGCAAAUAAACAACAUAUUUUACAGGUUUAUUUAUGAAACUGAGCAUCAUAAUGGCAUUGCAGAGUUGCUUGAAAUAUUGGGGAGCAUUAUCAACGGUUUUGCACUGCCUCUGAAGGAGGAGCACAAAAUCUUCCUGUUGAAGGUCCUGCUGCCUUUACACAAGGUGAAGUCGUUGUCUGUGUACCACCCACAGCUGGCCUACUGCGUGGUGCAGUUCCUGGAGAAGGACGCGUCCCUCACGGAGCCAGUCAUAAGGUCGCUCCUCAAGUUCUGGCCCAAGACACAUUCACCAAAGGAGGUAAUGUACCUGAAUGAAUUGGAAGAAAUUCUGGAUGUUAUUGAACCAGCAGAAUUUCAGAAAGUGAUGGAUCCAUUGUUUCGUCAACUAGCUAAAUGUGUUUCCAGCCCACAUUUCCAGGUGGCAGAACGGGCCCUUUAUUACUGGAACAACGAAUACAUUAUGUCUCUGAUAAAUGACAAUGCUGCUGUUAUACUUCCAAUCAUGUUUCCUUCUCUGUAUCGCAAUUCAAAAUCUCACUGGAACAAGACAAUACAUGGAUUAAUAUAUAAUGCUCUGAAGUUGUUCAUGGAGAUCAAUCAGAAACUUUUCGAUGAGUGUACACAGCAGUUCAAACAGGAAAGACUUAAGGAUAAAGAACGCCAGAAAGACAGAGAGGAAGCUUGGAGUCGCAUAGAGGAAUUGGCUAUGAGAAAUCCCGGAUAUGCACCAUCGAGAACAAACAGCAUUGCCAGCAGUAUGGAUGAAAUGUCUUCACCUCUUGGGGAAGGUGAAAUUGAAGAUGAUUUGUCUAUGGAAAAGCUUGAGCUGGAAGCGAGAGAGGUGAGGAAAACCUGCAACAAAGAGAAACCAUUACUCCGACGAAAAUCUGAACUUCCACACGACACAUAUACUCUUAAAGCUCUUAUUGACCACAAGCGGGCUGACGAGUACCUUCCGACGCCACCUGAUGUCAACAAGUGCUAAUGAAGGCAGUUUAGUAACAGACAUGUCUGACUCAGUGGAAGCAGCGCUUGAGGCGGAGCCAGAGGACGUUGAUACAUCCCUACACAAGUUCCGUCAAGCAGUUCAGCAAAGUGAUAAUGCAGUUGGCUGUGCAAUUGCAAAAUGUAUUAAUAGCUGUUGCAGCUGAAAUAAUCCUCACAUUUACACUUUGAGUUGUUGCAGUUCAGUAAUUUAGGAGGAGCAUGAUUAUAAAGUGCUUUCCAGGAACAUUAGAAAAAUGAGUAUUUGGAGACUAACAGGCCUGAUAAAAUGGAGAACCUAGUCCUUGAAAAACUAUAGAUUUGCAGCGUUACCUCUGUAUAUAUCCUUGCAGGCAUUUUGCAACAAUCCAGAAAAAACGUGUUUAUAGUGCCAGGAAAGCUUAUGACUGUGGGUGUGCUAAGUUGACCAUAAAAUGUAGAUAACCUACACAUAAUGUUUUUGUUAUUGUCUGAUUGUGCUGCCAGCGUAUUUUCAGUGUAAAUAAAGUGACUUAUUACUGCUGUAAGUCACUCUGUUUCGCCGAUAUUAAUUUUCAUUUUAGAGGUGAUGCAUUUCUAUAUUGAAGGCAAUAAAGUUGGGAGAUACGCUGUGUAGGAAAUUCUGGUAAUACAGUUAAUUGCUUGGAAGAAACUGAAGGUGUGUGUGUGUGUGUGUGUGUGUGUGUGUGUGUGUGUGUGUGUGUGUGUGUGUGUGUGUGUACGCACGUGCGUGUGCACGUGCGUGUGCACGUGCGUGCGUGUGUGCACGAUGAGAGAGAGCUAAAUGCAGCUGAAAGUUUCAUAAAUUGUUAUAUAAGGUAACACUGCUUAUUAGUAUGGCAACAUCAUGAAGCUGUUUAGUUCAGGAAUGGCAGCAUUCCCUUGAACAUGGGAAUAUAAUUGCAGAGCAUUUAGUGAUACGGAAUAUAGCUUAUUUCAAAAUACUUAAUGGGGUAGUCGAUAAUUGAGGAACUUCCAGAUUCAGCGUUUGGAUUUGCCAGUCUGACACAGUGAAUAAUGCAUACUGUUGAAAAAAUUGUACUUUUGUGGCCUUUCAAAGUUACACUCAGAAGUGUUUUUGUGCUGUUAUUCUCGUCACUCGGUGGCCUUUGAAGCCGUACUUGGAAGCAGUCAUGAGCUUUGCACUCUUUAAUGCCUGUAAUACAUAAGUAUUGUUACCAAUAUAGAGAAUUAUUUUUAUCUUGUGUACAAUCCUUCCACGAGAUAUGUUGCGGCAUGUAUUUAUAAUGGCAAAAUACAACUUCAUAUCAUUGUUACUCUGAUCAAGCAUGAAUGUUGAUAUGUGAUUCAAGUUGGAUUGACCAUAGUGCCAUAGUUUCAUAUAAUUUGAGAGUAAAGUGUGUUUAUAUGGUGAGAUUGAUCGCAAUUUCGGGGUAUUUUUAGUGAAUUGAUUUUUGUUGAGCACAGAACUGUCAUUGAGCUGUAACUAAUAAUUAAUUACCUGGAAAGAGAAAGUUGACAGUGUGGCACUAAUGUGUGAAGUAAUAGUUGAGAUCGGAAGUUAGCUGUUUUUUGCAACACUGGGGAGAUGUAUGAGGCUUCCACCAUAUUUGGUUGAAGCAAUUAUUAUUCGUAGGGAAGAGAUGUUUGAUGAUAAUAAACCUAAAAUUAGAACCUAGUCAUUGAUGCCAUGUAGUAGCUCUUGAAUGGAACACUGGUGGGUGCUGUUGAGAACUUUCAAUGUUAUCAAGUCUGUGAUAUUUCUGACUUGAAGAGUUUCCUUUCUGUCUGCAUGUUAUCGAACAGUGUUUUGAAGGAAACUUGUGUGUAACAAGGAUCUUUUACUGCAUGUACAUCCAAAAGCAUGGUAUUUUUUACUGAAAUAUUGAUGGAUGAUUAUAAAGGCAGGAGGACCAUCGGUUUUUUGAAAGGAAGCAGCUCUUUAUCAAUCUGUUACCUUACUCAGAACAAUGUGCUUACACAGCGUGACAGCAAGUUAUACUGUGGUUUUUGUUGGAGUUGCUUGCUGUCUCUUGUUAUUUUGGUGAUUUUGUGCAGCAAUUACUUUCCACAUUGCUUAAAAAUAGAUUUACACUGAAGCUAUCCGAAACAUCAUUUAUAAUGCAACAAACAUGAAAGACAGGGGUUUCUCUCUUCUUGCAUAUUAUUUUAAUGGAGUAAGGUAUGUUUUUACAACUACAUGGCAUGAACUUUUUCCUUUAUUUUCACUGUGACAGUAUGUGGCGAUCACAUUGUAUUUGCAGCUCAUUAAUUAUAGGGGCUGAACUGAUCAACAGAACAUAGUUACCAGAAACUGUAGCUCUGUUGUGGCAUGUGCUGAAAGUGACUGUGAUGUGUACUUGUACUGUGUGUCUGUAUGUAUGUAUGUAUGUAUAAUGCUGGCUAUAAUCGUGAUUUUGUAUAAACUACUGGACCAUCACAGUUGUGUGAUAUAAUUUCUUGUACAGGAUGUUUGGAACUCAGGAACUUACACAAUUGAAAUAUAAAAAUUUGAUGCAAGAUAAUGUUUGAAGCUUGUUGAGAAAUGCUCUCCUUGUUUUGAUUCAUUUAUUGUCGAAAAACCAAACUGAUAACUUGGUUAUUAUAUGGGAAGGUCUUCCAUAUUGUACACUAAUGUGUUCCUUGAAAUGAAAAGUAUCACUUGAAGUUGAAGCCACAUUAUUGUGAGUAAAGUUCACUCCAUCUUAAAACAAAGCAGAUGACAUAUCUUUUAAUACUGCCAUGUUGAUUUGUCGAGCAUUGUCUUUGUAUUUUCACCUAGGUGUUUUGUUUACUUUGAUGCUAUUUUGAAAACUAUUACCUUAGUUUCAAAAUUCUGAUGUACUUCUGUCUUUUAAUGUGAAAUUUAUUUUAAGCCAAAGAGUUGUAAUUCCAUGAAAGCAAUGGUGAUUGUUAAUAUUUUUAAGAUGAAAUGCAGUAGAAUGAGAAGCUUGGCUUAAUAAUUGACUACAGGUUACUGUCUUGUGGUUUCAUGGCUGGGCAGUUGGACAGUUUUAUAAGUCAGUAACACAAUUUUUGUGAUCUGUUCAAUAUUAUAAGUUGUGCAUACUUUGGUUAUACAUAUUUAUGAGUCUUCAGUACAAUUCUAGAAUUGUGUUAUAGAAUAAACAAACACUCUUGAAACUGAGUGUGUCAUGGAAAUGUAAAUGCAUGCAUGCCAUUCAUUCAUUUACGAAUGAAUAGAAACAAAUAAUCAGUACAUUAAGUAAUAUGUACAUGUAAAUGUAAAGUAUAUAUACAUAUACAACUAUUUUCCUUAAGUUUUGAGUCUUUAUUGAAUAAUGUGACUGCAUGGAGUAAGUACUGCAUGUUUGGCUUUGUCUAAUUUCCAUACGCGCCAAUGUGUCAUACCAGAAAUGAGAACAGGUAUUUUUGUAUUGGCGUAACUGUUGCCAUUGUGAUAGCCGAUUGACAAAACCAACACUCCUAAUUUUUCUUCAGCAUUUGUUAGAUGAACAAAAAUUGUCUGUUUAUAGGCUUUCCAGUACUAUUGUGGUAAUUCGUUAUGGGUACACAGUUCUCAGUAACCAGUUUUGUUUGAAUGUGGUUGUAGUUUAUUAUUUCAGAUUUAUAUGGGAAAGCAUGCUUUGUCAUAGCAGUAUUUUAUUUCUAUGAAGUAAAUGAGUUAUUCUCUCAUUAAUGUAAAAUGAGGAAAAACAAGAUCUGAGCUGUGUGUAACUGUGGCUGAAUGCUGGCACAAUAUGUCCCUGGUGUCGGUUGUCUACAGCUAACCGAAAUGAAAACAAUGUAGGAUCCUUACUGAAUUGACUUUGAGUGACUCAUAUGUGAACUAAUUUUUGAUACGAUAGUUUAUUCAGUCGACUCAAAAACUAUGAACUGCUAAUGGCGACAGUGUACUUGUGGGUAUAGCAACUGAUAAUUUAAAAUAUAGUCGCAGGGAAGCCUAUCAGAAGUGUUCCUAAACACAGCUUACGAAGGAAGUAUUCGGUGUUAUAUGUUUUGAAAAUAUACGUGUUGGAUUGUGA